AUGAAGGGGAUCCUAGUGCUGGUCCUCGUGGCCUGCCUUCAGGUCACAGCAACGUCUGCCGAGGAAGAUGACAAUUCGACCACGUGUCAAGAUGGUCUUCUUAUCCCCAUCUGGACACCAUUUGAGAACCUCAGCACGGGCGAUCGAGUCGCCCGGGCUAUCAUUUAUUUCUUAUCCCUUUCCUACCUCUUCAUUGGCGUGUCCAUCAUUGCGGACCGAUUCAUGGCUUCCAUCGAGGUGAUAACGUCGCAAGAAAAAGAAGUAACCGUGAAACGUGCCAACGGUGAGAAGCAGAUCAUCGUGGUCCGCGUGUGGAACGAGACGGUGGCCAACCUGACCUUGAUGGCCUUGGGUUCCUCUGCGCCAGAAAUCCUUCUCUCCAUCAUCGAAGUCUAUGCGAAGAAUUUCGAGGCCGGAGAAUUAGGUCCUGGGACGAUCGUGGGAAGUGCGGCCUUCAAUCUCUUCAUCAUCAUCGCUAUCUGUGUUCACGUGAUCCCAUCGAACGAGACGCGGAAGAUCAAGCAUCUUCGCGUCUUCUUCAUUACCGCCACUUGGUCUGUGUUUGCGUACAUCUGGCUCUAUCUCAUCCUCACGUGGUCCUCACAUGGAGUGGUGGAAGUGUGGGAAGGCCUGGUCACGUUCCUUUUCUUCCCAGCCACCGUCGUCUCUGCCUACAUUGCUGAUCGCCGUCUUCUCAUUUAUAAAUACCUGAGCAAGGACUAUCGGCUGAAUCGGCGCGGGGUCGUCGUGGAGCAUGAAGCAUCCGAUUUGGAGAUGGCCAAGGAGGCAAACCACGUCGAGUUCAAGCACUUCGAAGAGGAAUAUACGGACGAGAAUAUUCGACAGUUUGAGGAGCAUCGACGAGAGUUUAUCUCCAUCCUGAAGGAAUUGAGACAGAAGCAUCCGAAUGAAGGCAUGGAGAGCCUGGAAGCCAUGGCCAGGGAGGAAGUCCUGAAUCGGGGUCCGAAAUCCCGUGCCUAUUACCGGAUCCAAGCGACGAGGAAAUUGACGGGUGGAGGGAACCUGAUGAGGAAGGCCCACGAGAAGGCCCAAAUAGACGCUGUCGGAACCAAACAAGAAAGAGAGGACAAAGAGUUCGAAGAGGAAGAUAGACGAGUGGCGAAGAUCUUCUUCGACCCGGGUCAUUACACGGUGAUGGAGAACGUGGGGACGUUCCAGGCCACGAUCGCCAGGGAAGGGGGAGAUCCGAACUUGACCAUCUUGGUCGACUAUCGGACCGAGGACGGGACGGCGAAUGCCGGCUCCGACUACGAUUACACGGAGGGGACCUUGAUCUUCCGGCCCGGGGAGAAGCGGAAAAGCAUCUCCUUGACUGUCAUCGACGAUGACGUCUUCGAAGAGGACGAACAUUUUUACAUCCGAUUGAGUAAUCUCCGUGUGACUGGCCCGGAUGGACAAUUGUUGAACGGCUUCAAUUGGAAUACGGGUCGAGGAACGGUCCCGGCCCAAUUGACAGCCCCUGCCCUGGCCACUGUCAUGAUCCUCGACGAUGAUCAUUGUGGGAUCUUCAACCUGGCCGAAAAGGACGUGGAAAUAGUUGAAAGUGUGGGGACGUACAGGCUGAAAGUUCUCCGAUGGAGUGGAGCUCGAGGACAUGUCUCCGUUCCGUACAAGACCAUCGAAGGUACGGCCAAACCUGGCAAGGAUUACGAACAUAUUUCCGGGGAGCUCAUCUUUGAAGACAACGAAACCGAGUAA